CUUUUAGUUGGGGAGGAGAGGAAAGUCAGGAAACAGUGUGAGAGAGAGAAGAGAGACAGGAGGGAGAAAGAUCAGCCCACCAAACCUAGUCGAGGUUCUGUGCUCCUUUAUCUUUACAAUUUCUGUAGUAGGAGUGUCAUUGGUGCUAUUUUCCUUGAGAGUGCCUAAUAUGAGCUUUACAUCUCCAUCUGUGGGUGCGGGUGGUAGAACUGUUAGAAGGGCAUUUGAAUUUGGAAGAACUUAUGUAGUCCGACCUAAAGGGAAACACCAGGCCACUGUAGUUUGGCUACAUGGCCUUGGUGAUAAUGGCUCAAGCUGGUCCCAGCUCUUGGAAAGCCUCCCUCUUCCAAAUAUUAAAUGGAUAUGUCCAACCGCGCCUACUCAACCGAUUUCAGUUUUUGGUGGUUUUCCUUCCACUGCUUGGUUUGAUGUUGGAGAGCUGUCAGAAGAUGCUCCAGAUGAUCUAGAGGGCUUAGAUGCUUCAGCAGCACAUGUAGCUAAUUUACUGUCAACAGAGCCAGAAGACAUUAAGCUUGGAGUUGGAGGUUUUAGUAUGGGUGCAGCUACAGCUCUAUACUCUGCCACAUGUUUUGCUGUAAAGAAAUACGGGAAUGGUACUCCAUACCCAUCCAAUUUGAGUGCAGUUGUUGGACUUAGUGGAUGGCUUCCAUGUUCCAAGUCCUUGAGUAAGAAGUUUGAAGAAGCAAAUGAAGCUGCAAGACGUGCUGCCUCGUUACCACUUUUAUUAUGUCAUGGAAAAGGUGAUGAUGUGGUUUCUUACAAGUUCGGUGAGAAAUCUUCACGAGCUCUGAGUGGAAUUGGAUUUCAGGACGUGACGUUCAAAUCUUAUAAUGGGCUUGGUCAUUACACAGUUCCUGAAGAGAUGGAUGAGGUCUGUACUUGGCUAAUUUCAAAGUUGGGGCUUGAAGGAACUUCUUCAUAGUUUGCUUCCCAGAAGAAAUCUCAAGCAACAUCAAGAGGCAAAAAAUUGAAGGGAGGUGUAAGAAACAUCAAAAAUUUAGUGGUUUGGUAGCGAGUUAUGACCUAUGUCCUUUUAAGGCUUAUUAUUGUUUGGCUGGUGGAUAAAAAUCAUAAAAUCCAUAUUCGUAUGUGAUAAGAUAUUCAUUAUUUGGAUCAUAUAACAUGCAAUUCGAACAUAGUGGGUAAAAGUUUUGUUUUUCUCUCCGAAAUUUUAAAUAACAGAGAGAAUAUGUUUAGGGUUUA